AAGGUUCGGGAGGCUUCUGGAAAGAAGCGCCGCGCGCUGGGCGGGCCCGCCUCUAUAUAAGGCCGGCGCAGGGGGCGGCGCGCCAGUUGCUUCAGUGUCCUGGUGCGGAGCGUCACGUCUCGUGCGUGUUCAUUCAGCCACGAUGCCUGAGGAAACCCAGACCCAAGACCAACCAAUGGAGGAGGAGGAGGUCGAGACCUUUGCCUUUCAGGCAGAAAUUGCCCAGUUAAUGUCCUUGAUCAUCAAUACCUUCUACUCGAACAAAGAGAUCUUUCUGAGGGAGCUCAUCUCCAAUUCAUCGGACGUGAGUAGACCACUUGGACGUUUUGGUGUUGGUUUUUACUCUGCGUAUUUGGUUGCUGAGAAAGUGACUGUCAUCACCAAGCAUAACGACGAUGAGCAGUAUGCCUGGGAGUCCUCAGCUGGGGGAUCCUUCACAGUGAGGACUGACACAGGUGAACCAAUGGGUCGUGGAACAAAGGUUAUCUUGCAUCUGAAAGAAGACCAAACUGAGUAUUUGGAGGAAAGGAGAAUAAAGGAGAUCGUGAAGAAGCAUUCUCAGUUCAUUGGCUAUCCCAUUACUCUCUUUGUGGAGAAGGAACGAGAUAAGGAAGUCAGUGAUGAUGAGGCUGAAGAAAAGGAAGAGAAAGAGGAAGAGAAAGAAAAAGAAGAAAAGGAGUCUGAUGAUAAACCUGAAAUAGAAGAUGUUGGUUCUGAUGAAGAGGAGGAGGAGAAGAAGGAUGGUGACAAGAAGAAAAAGAAGAAGAUAAAGGAAAAGUACAUUGAUCAAGAAGAACUCAACAAAACCAAGCCGAUUUGGACGAGAAAUCCUGAUGACAUCACUAAUGAGGAAUAUGGAGAGUUCUACAAGAGCUUAACCAACGAUUGGGAAGAACAUUUGGCAGUAAAGCAUUUUUCUGUUGAAGGACAAUUAGAAUUCCGGGCCCUUCUUUUUGUCCCAAGACGCGCUCCUUUUGAUCUGUUUGAAAACAGAAAGAAGAAGAACAACAUUAAGUUGUAUGUUCGCAGAGUUUUCAUCAUGGAUAACUGCGAGGAGCUAAUCCCGGAGUAUCUGAAUUUCAUUAGAGGGGUAGUGGAUUCUGAGGAUCUCCCUCUAAAUAUUUCCCGUGAAAUGCUGCAACAAAGCAAAAUUCUGAAAGUUAUCAGAAAGAAUUUGGUCAAGAAAUGCUUAGAACUAUUUACUGAACUAGCAGAAGAUAAAGAGAACUACAAAAAGUUUUAUGAGCAGUUCUCAAAAAAUAUAAAGCUUGGAAUUCAUGAAGACUCUCAGAAUCGGAAGAAGCUUUCAGAGCUGUUGCGGUACUACACGUCUGCUUCUGGGGAUGAGAUGGUUUCUCUGAAGGACUACUGCACCAGAAUGAAGGAAAACCAGAAGCACAUCUAUUUUAUCACAGGUGAGACCAAGGACCAGGUUGCUAACUCGGCCUUUGUGGAACGUCUCCGAAAGCAUGGCUUAGAAGUAAUUUAUAUGAUUGAGCCCAUUGAUGAGUAUUGUGUGCAACAGCUGAAGGAAUUUGAGGGCAAGACCUUGGUGUCUGUUACCAAAGAAGGACUGGAACUUCCAGAAGAUGAGGAGGAAAAGAAGAAACAGGAGGAGAAAAAGACAAAAUUUGAGAACCUCUGCAAGAUUAUGAAAGAUAUUUUGGAGAAGAAGGUUGAAAAGGUGGUUGUGUCAAACCGAUUGGUGACAUCCCCAUGCUGUAUUGUCACAAGCACGUAUGGGUGGACAGCAAACAUGGAGAGAAUCAUGAAAGCUCAAGCCCUCAGAGACAACUCAACAAUGGGUUACAUGGCAGCAAAGAAACACCUGGAGAUAAACCCUGAUCACUCCAUUAUUGAAACCUUAAGGCAAAAGGCAGAGGCUGACAAGAAUGACAAAUCUGUGAAAGAUCUGGUCAUCUUGCUGUAUGAAACUGCACUCCUGUCUUCCGGCUUCAGUCUGGAAGAUCCCCAGACCCAUGCUAACAGGAUCUACAGGAUGAUCAAGCUUGGUCUAGGUAUUGAUGAGGAUGACCCUACUGUGGAUGACACCAGUGCUGCUGUAACUGAAGAAAUGCCUCCCCUGGAAGGAGACGACGACACAUCGCGCAUGGAAGAAGUAGACUAAGUCACCAGAACUAUGUUUGCUUACCUUCAUUCCUUCUGAUAAUAUAUUUUCCAUGAUUUUUGUUUAUUUUUGUUAACAUUUAAAACAUCUGUGUGGCAUGAAAAUUAAGGGGAAGAUAAAAUUUCUACAUGUGAUACUGUGAUACUAUAGGUUUAACUCAAGAGGUUGAUGGAACGUUUGUUGUAAGACGUAAUGUAACCUACUGUUCAUGUUAACUUUGUGGUCUGAAGUGUUUAGCUGUUGAGCUGGAUUCCUUAGUAGACCAAAUUAAGAUGUCUUAAAUUACAUCUUAAAAUUUUCAUUUCCUGUAGUUAAUUCUGCAUGUAUUAGUCUUAGAGAAGUAAACACAAGUUAGAACAACCUGACAGGAAUUCCCCAAGUGGCUUGUUUUCCAAAGUCCUGAGAAGAAAACCCUAAGUUUCCUAGGUCUUGUAACUCAGCAAGGCUUGUGAAUGGAAAUAACAGUGCCCAAUCACAUUCUGCUCUAAAAGAUAAAUACAGAGGAGAUGAAAAGAA